UCUGUUGCCGAGAUUGGACUGUUUCUUCAUACCGAGAUCGCUAUACGAGCACGAAAAUAUCGACUACUCCCGUUUUACGCUACGCUUCCACCAUCGUAUUUUGCUGUGCCUAUCGUUUGCCUUACUUUGCUACUCAGAAGUUGUGUAUUUCUUGGGUUCAUCACACUGGCGGUGAAUCGGUUUACUGCUAUUAUUUUCCCAACAAGAUAUCGUCAGAUAUGGUCAACGAAAAGGGCUGUUAUCGUUUGCAUAUUUAAUUGGGCGGUGGCUACCGCUCUUACUCUAUCUGGCGUAUUUGUUGGCAAUCCGACCGGAUCAUUUUAUAUAUCUGUCGAAGGAACGCUCGACAUCAACUAUGUGUAUAGCGGUAGCAAAAUCCUUGCGAAUACUGCCAUCGUUCUCUGUGCUUUUACAGUUCUGGUUUGCAGCUGUCUGUACGUACUUCUCGGUUAUGUAAUUCUAAAAGCAAGACUGAUAAAAAAG